UCAUAUGACCCGCUCGGCUUCCUGGCCCGGCUGCUGCCGCCGCCCGCGUUCGCCGUCGCGCCGGGGCCCGAGGAGCCGUUGGGGGGUCCGGGCCGAGGCCCGCUCGCGUGGAAGUCGCCGCCGUCGCCCGCCUGCCCGCGCGUCCGCCCCGCGUCCCGGCCGCCAUCAUGCUGGCGCUCAUCUCCCGCCUGCUGGACUGGUUCCGCUCGCUCUUCUGGAAGGAGGAGAUGGAGCUGACGCUCGUGGGGCUGCAGUAUUCGGGCAAGACCACCUUCGUCAAUGUCAUCGCGUCGGGCCAGUUCAGCGAGGACAUGAUCCCCACUGUGGGCUUCAACAUGAGGAAGGUGACUAAAGGGAACGUCACGAUAAAGAUCUGGGACAUCGGAGGACAGCCGCGGUUCCGGAGCAUGUGGGAGCGGUACUGCCGGGGCGUCAAUGCCAUCGUUUACAUGAUAGAUGCUGCAGAUCGUGAAAAGAUAGAAGCCUCGCAAAAUGAACUACAUAACCUUCUAGAUAAACCCCAGUUACAAGGAAUUCCAGUGCUAGUCCUUGGAAACAAGAGAGAUCUUCCUAAUGCCUUGGAUGAGAAACAACUCAUUGAAAAAAUGAACCUGUCUGCUAUUCAGGAUAGAGAAAUCUGCUGCUAUUCAAUUUCUUGCAAAGAAAAGGAUAAUAUAGAUAUCACACUUCAGUGGCUUAUUCAACACUCAAAAUCCAGAAGAAGCUGAAAAGCAUCUCCUGAAGUCUUCCAGUCCUUCCUGGCUGUAACCCUGCAAUUACUGUCCGUUCCUCUGAAGUACUUCCCAGAACACGGUCCUUCCUACACCCAAGACAUUGCCUUUUUCAGAGUUUAUUUCUCAUGUGCACUGCUGAAGAUGUGUGUACCUAACCCUUCAUAAAGAGUCAGCUAGCGUCGUCAUGGUAGUCAGCACACACACAAAGGCUUCUUACACAUACUUGUCUUAAACAGUGUGUAGAGCUUUUUUUAAAAAAAAAACAUGACUUUUGACCAUCUUAAAUCAAGAAAAUUGCAUAUUUCUGUUCUGGUCUUUCUGGGCCAGAUUUUUAUAUUGGUUUUUGGUAAACGUCUGUCUAUGGUAUUUCAUUAUAGAGUCUAGUAGCUUAACACUGGUACUGACUUGAUACAGCAUGAAGUUUUUAGUGCCACACACAGUAUUUAGAGAACCUUUAGCUGAGUCGUGUGGGGUAUAAACCUAAUGUUUCCAUCACCCAGCAAUGCAUGUGAAAUGUCUAAUUACGCCUUAGGAAUUUUAAAGACGGCCUGCAAGGAGUGAGCAGAGGCGCCAGAUCAGUGUUGUUGGUUCUUUACAUGGGUGAGACCUUACGUGAUGAAGUUUUAAAACCUGCUGCCUUCUGAGACUUCUUCAUCACCGUAGAGCAGCCGGGACAUGGGAGGAGCUGAGUAGGGCGUGCUGUUUUAUAUCUGUCCAGACCAUCACUUCUCUAUUUUUUCUUUUUCUUCUUCUCCUUUUUUUUUUGUUUUGUUUUGCUGGUUCAACACACUUUUUUAAGGAGUUGGAAAUUGAAGAAUUCCUCAAAAGCUUUCAUGAAUUUAGAGCAUUCCGGCCAAUAUAAUAAAACGUGUUAAGAAUGUCAGACUUGGUUCUUUCUAUCUCCAAUCAUUUGUAUCGGUGCAGCUGCACGACACUCUUAACUCCUGACUUUUUAUAUCCAGCCAUAAAGUUGACUCUCAGCACAACAGAUACUUAACACAGAAAAAAUUCUUUUCUCUCUUACUGACAUAAAGUUUGGCACCCUUUUGCUUGGUGCCAUUAGACAUCUUGAUUAUCGUGACAACUCUAGACCUGCCUGCUUUACCGAAUGUGAUCCCGCAGUGUGUCUGCAGGUUGGGGCAGAGUCAGUGGUACACAGAGCUGAGGGUCUGCGGCUGUGGGCCGCUGACGCCUGUGAGACGGAGAUGGCAAAGCAGCCGAGCCUGCUCUGUAGUCGAGUGGCCUCCAUGCCCGUGACGGGACGCGCUCCUGCCGGGCCACCGUAAGCUGUGGCUCACGUUGGCCAGGGCAGUAGGCGAGAGCGUGGCUUUCCCGCUUCCGGGUGGCCUCCUACCCCCAGGUUUUGAUCCUUUGGUCCAGCAGCACUCGUGUGGCCUGUGCUGCACGCUCAGCGUGCGGUCAGCAGCGAGUCCUUCGCGAGCACCCGCUUCCACGCACAGGCGGCCGCGGCCUCGGCGCUGGUCUGCACGGAGGACUGCGCUCUGCUGCACGGACCCUGCUUCUUGUUCUCCAGCCACAUUUUUAUGAGUAGAAUCGCAGCUUUUAAAAUUCUGUUCUUAUUUUUGAAGCAUGUUACAUACUCCCUGAUGGGGGCGGAUGGUUCUGUAAAUCAAGGGAUAGUUAAACUUGCUGCUGUGGUUCAGCACCAUGAGUGGUCACUGUGAACCAGGACAAAGAAUGUGGCAAUUUGCUUGUGCCUAAAAGGAGGAAUCGGAACUGGAACGUGUGACUGUAGGGACUGCAUAGGUCCGUGAGUCGACCUGUAGCUCGACCUUAACGUGUUUGUAUGUCCGUUGCUUUCAGCAUUUCAAGACAUCCAAACACCGCUACCGCCAUUUUCCUGUGCGUUUAACCUCUGCAUGUGAAAACUUCACAGUUACUGAACUUUGUAAAUACAUACGUGAAUUUUUUAUUUAGGUGGAUGCAUUUUUCGUCUGUUUACUGCUCUUCUCAGCUUUAUUCAAUAAACUUGCAUUUUGAGGGUUGUAUUUGACAGUUUUAACUUGAAACGUGUGUGUCGUGGUGGAAGGCGUGUGCUUCCCGGGGAGAGGAGGAAGAGCGUUCCUAUGAGCAGUGUCCACAGACCGUGGGCGCGGGAGACACCGGCUCAGCUCGCAGAGGGCGGGGUCCGGGCUAGUGGAAGAAGAAAUAAACUUUUAAG